UUCUAAACUGCCAAAAUGGUGUAAAAUUUUAUCAUUCCUCUAAAUUAUUGUUACGUUAACCUUUUUAUUUUGUACGUCAGUAGAUUAAAAAUUACAUUGUAAUUAUGCCGAGGAAGACGAAAAUAAAAUGUGAUGGAAAAUAAACAAUUGCCAUCCAAGAAAUUAUUAUCCAUCAAAGAAGAAAAAUUAAUACGUGAAGUUGACUCUCUUGUAGGAGAACCUCACUUAUCUAACAAACAACUAAUUCUAGAUUUCGAGAUAUUUCAAAAGAAACCGACCAAACGAGAGGCAUCGCAAAAAGUACUAGUAUCCAUAAAGCCGCGAAUGCCCACGAUUAGAACGCUGUAUAUUGCUGAGAAGAGCAGAUUCAAUGCUAAAAAGAAUUCAGAAAAAUCUGGUUCACGACUAGCUAUAGGAGACCAUUCUUCGUUCACGACUAAUGUUUCUGAAUAUAACUCUAACAGCCAAAAGUCUAGUGAGUGUAAAACGGAACAAGGAACCGAAACAUCCAACAGUAAAUUGGAACAAUAUUCGUCUAUUAAUGAACAUUUAGACACUUCUACAGUAGUUUCUAAAUGUUUCCAGUUUAAAACUCAAGUGCCUAAUACGCCACAACGAUCAAUCGAAAAAUGUUACAUAUAUACACAACCAAAAUUAAUUAUGAACCUUCCGAAAGUUAAUGCGAAAAACGAUAAGUCAAAAGGAAGCUCACAUAAAGUAGAUAUUGCUACACUUAUUGUCACAAAUACUUCUUCUGAAGAUUCAGCAUUGCCUUCUACUAGUACUUUGCAGAAAAUAAACAGAAGAAUCGAUUGUUUAGAACGCAAAAUUAUGAAGCAAGAAAUAAUGUUUCGGGCAAUUGAUCCUAAUGUGCCCAUAUCUUCAUCUGAAGAUGAAUCCAAAAAUAACGUAAUAAGAACUGCAUCUGGUAUAGGGCGCCCUUGUUGUAGUUAUAUAGAACAAUAUAGCCAUAUUCCAGAAACAUCAGCUUUCCAACGAUAUGCUCAUCAAACGGCACCAUUGUCUCCAAGUAAAGCUGCUACUCUAGAAAAAGAACAUAAUUCAGAACAAUAUGGCCGUGAUUUACAAUAUGGUCGUGAUUUUACUACUUACGAUGGCAUAACAGCACGAGGUAGAAGACAAUGUGCUUCAGUACCUUGUAAACGUGAUGACGUCCCUAAAAUGGCUGCUGAGAGAGUACAUAAAAUACGCCACAAACUUAAUCCGGUUCGUGAUUAUCGGCUGAUGGAUACAGUUCAUUAUUUAGCGCAGGGCGAAUUCGCUCCCCGUGAUGAUGGUAUAAAAUUAACACCAUCUCGAGAGGCAGUACUCAGUGACAUUAUAUGGGAAGAUGUGUGUCGUACACAUUGGCCAAAUACUCGCUUAGGUCGUCGAAUAGCACAUCCUGAAAGAUGCAGUACUAGAUGUGAAUUGCAACGUUUAAUUGACAGUUUGCUAAGAGAAAGAGUUGCACAUGUCGAACGCAGAAGACGCCGUCAUUACAGAAUAGUCAAACUAAAUCAUCGUCAUGAGAGCUGCAGACCUGUAGGAAAAACCGGAGAUAUAAUUGUAGCAAGCCAUAAAAACAAACAGCCGAAUGAUGAUAGAAGAAUCCUUCUCAACGAUGUACAUACCACUAGUGCAGUAAUGACGGACAGGCGACGGGAAGAACAAAAUUUACGAAAUGGUCACAAAAGUCAUGAUCGCUUAAUUUUGCCUGACUUUCGUCGAAAGAAUGCGUCAAGAUUAGAAGAUUGUAUUCCUGGUCCCAGUCACGCAUUUUCCCGACAACGUACUAACAGAGAAGCUACGUGUUGCUAUCAUACUUCAAGUCCUAUCAAGUUAGAGCAAAAUACAGUUUCAUCAGAGAAGACAAAUAGUAAUAUUUAUAACAGGACACAGGAGUUAACCAGUGGAAGUAGUUCCACUUACAAGCCGUAUCAUAAAACUCCUCGCCUUGUGGUAAAGAAAGAUGCUUCGAGACGUAAAUAUCAGUCUAAAGAAGAACCAGACCUUGAGCAUUACAUACUCUUGCCCACAUUAGUAGUCCGAACACCGUCGAAUGUAAAGCGGCAAAAAAAGUUUAACGAACUUUAUCACCGAAUACUAAAUGUACAUCUAAAUAAAGCUGAAAAUAGCACUCUGGAAGAUGAAAUUUCUGAACAAACGACAAACGAAAACCAUAACAUGAAAGAUAUUGGUUUUAACAUUAAUAUUACUUUAUCACGUAGUUCGGAGCAGUUUAAUACUAAAUAAUUAUUAGUAAUCAGAGUAUAUCAAUCGCCUCAAUAAUUUUUAUAUAGUUACCAUUUCCUUUUCUUAUUGCGCCUUAUUGUACGUAA